UUCCAAUAAAUCACACUGCCUCCCACUACAAUUAAAUAUCAUUCCCUCAUAGUUUGCCCGGUGAAAAAAACGUACCAUGAAAUUUCAACCUGUAAUUCCUGUCCCGGGAAACUACGAGGGAAUCUAUACUCGUAGAAUCGAUGAAACUUCAAGUCGAGUAUCAAGAGAUGUUCAAAAUUUAUUUACACAUCAAACAGUAUUUGCCAUCCCGAAUAAAACUUAUAAACCGUUCAGUAAUACUUUUAAAGUUCCGCCUAUUGAGAACCCAAUAAUUUUAAAUCCAAAUUACAAAGGUAUAUUACCGAAUAGUAAAAUAAACCAAGAUGAUUCAGAAUUAAGAAGAAAAGAACAUGCAGUAAGAAUUAUCGUUGAAAGACUUAAAUAUGUACAAUCACUUACAAAAGAUAAUAAGAAUGAUUUUGUACAAAGCAAUUUUACACACGAAAAUGAAACAAAAGGGCAUAAAAUGCAAAAUGUAGAAAAUAAUGGAACCCGGGAGAACAAUAUUUUUAAAUGGGAGAAUAACAGAGACAGUAAAAGGGAUUUGCAGUCUAUAAAAAUGACAGCGUUUAAUAUUAUUGAUGAAAAUAUUAAAAAAGCUGUCUCAGUAGCUGAACAGAUUAAGCAAGAAAUAGACGUUGAGAUGGCAGGAAAACAUCACGAAGGAAGAGAAAUAAAAGAAAAAAAUGAUUCCUAUAAGAAAAUUAGCAAUACUAAAGAAUAUAUUCUAAAAUCAGUGAAAAAACUUGCUUUUUAUUUAGGUUUACAAACAAUACCUUACAUGAAAACUUACAUGCAAUCCAAUAAUUUUAAUCGUGUGCUUAUUAAGAGGAUUUUUUCACAACUAACGAACUUAACGGUCUGUUUAUCUAGACAUUUUUCGAGGACUUCAAAUAUAUCGCGGAACAGUCAGAAGUUAAACAAUUUUAACUCUUCAUUUAAUAGUAAACUAGAAGACUUUGUUAACGAAGGUGAAUACUACGAAGAGAUGAUUUUGUCGGGUGCUGAAAUGUCGAGAAAGUUUGGAAAGACUCCGCUAGAAUUUACUAAAAGGAUGGAUACAGUUAUAACGGAGUUUGAAAAAAGGAGUGGUAUUGAACGAACAACGACUAGGAGAAGCAGAUCAAGAAGUCGUAGUGCUGCAAAAGAAAAAUUAAUAAACGGUGAUUACAUGAAUAAUAUCAGUUCAGACGUUGAAGGCAAAAAUAUUUACAGAGCAUUCGUAACAGAAGAAUGGAGUGAAUAUUAUGAUAUCGGACAACCUGCCAUCAGUAAAAGUCUAAAAUCAGAAAAAUAUAUGGAGUCUAAAACAAUUAAAAAAGAAACAAUAGAAAAGCUAGUUGAAGAAAGAAUUCAUAAGGAAUGUCCUCUCACCUACAUAGCAAUUGUACAAUCUCAUGUUUUCACAAACCAAGACGCAAUAUUUCGGGAUACCCAAGAAGAAAAAUAUGAGGAAAAAAAAGAAAUGUACGGGGAAUUCGAUUCUAAAAGGCAAAGUAUAAUGGAAGCAAAAGAGCAGCUUGCUGUUUGUACUCAGCUUGAACACCAAACAAUAAGAAUAAAUAAAGAAAAACCUAUAGAAAAAGUUGUUGUGGUUGAAUCAAUAGAGGAUAUAACGCCAGUGGAAGAAUACAAAAGUUUUCCAGCAAUAGAACAAGUGAAAACUGGUAUUGCUGUUCAAAAGACAACAGAAGUAUUAGAGCCCGUAAUUGAGAUGCAAGUAGAUAAGCUAACGGCUGCUAAGCUGGCUUGUCAUGCAACACAUCCAUCGAGUAUUUCAAUAGCUAGUAUUAAACCUGUAGUGCUUCAAGAAGAAAAAGAAGAUUCCUUUAUAUUACCUGAAAUUAAGUACAGGAAAACAGUAACUUUAAUUGAACCACCUUUAAAAUCAAUUGCUGAAACAACUAAAAUUGAUACAGGGGAGCCAAGAAUAGAAAUAUUAGAUAUGACCGAAAAAGCACUCAGCAAACCAGUUCCUUUAAUUGAGGAACCAGUUAAAUCAAUCGCUCAAGUGUCACAAGUAGAAGUAAAUGAACCCCAAUCAAAGCCUUUAGAGUUAGAAAUACCCAUUGAAGUAAGAUCCAAAGAAUUAAUACAAACUCCUGUGCAAUCUGUUGCCGUAAAUAUGAAAACUUUCACUGAUGAUUCAAACAUAGAGUUUAUUGAUACAUCACAAAUUAAACAAGAAACAUCCCAACUAAAACUGGAACCUUUUUCAACUACAGUUGCUAAGAAAAGUGAAGUUUUUAUUGAUGAAACAACCGUAACCUUCGAGAAAAAGGAGCUGGAUCUAGAACACCUAAAACAAAGUAUCGAAUCUCCUUUGCAAUUAGUAGCACAAAAAUCCGAAACGAAUUAUGAUGAAUCAUGUGCUGACGUAUCAACAGCAAACAUUCAAACCGAGUUUAUCCGAGAAUCAUUUGAACAACCUAUUAAAGCUGUAGCACAAACUUUUGAAACUUCUACUGAUGUAGCAAAUCUUAGUAUAUUUGAAAGGGAUGCUCUGCUUAACGAAAAUAUAAAAACUUGUGUUGAAGCACCAUAUCAAACUGUGGCUCAGGUCGGAGAGGUAUAUUCCGAAACGGUUGAGGGUUUGUAUAAAACGCAAAAAAUAAAUGAAGAAAAAAUUAAAAUGACUAUAGAAAUACCGCACAAAACUAUAGCACAGAAGAUUGAGACGUGUGCAGAAGAAACAACAAAUAUAAAUAAUGAUUUAAUGCAAGCUAGGAGCCAAACCCACAUUUCAACUAUGGAAUCAGCUACAAAAGCUGUUGCUGAAAUAAAUCAGACAAUUCUCAGUGAAAAAAGUAUAGACUUUAAAUCCAUUUUAGAAAGUAAAGGAAAUAUUAAAGAAUCCUUGGAACCUAUGAAAAGUGUGGCCGAAAAUUUUGAAAUGUACGUGAAUGAUAUUGGUGAAGAAUUUAACAAAUUUAAGGUCAAAGGCACCGAACCCGAAAUUGCAGUAGAGCUACCAUUUAGAGUUACAGCUGAAACUAACGAAACCUUAACAGAUGAAGCUAUUGGGUUUGUUGAUAAAACAAAAUUGCCUACAGAAAUAAUACACCCGCUCUUAGUACCGGAAUCUAAACGAGUAGCAGAAGUGUCUAUAACUUUAAUUGAUGAACCCAAGCCAGAUAAUUUGGAAAAUGACACCUUCAAUAUAAUAGCACCUAAAGUACUAAUGGAAGAUUCAUUAAGAUUUAUACCUGAGACAGUAGUUUCAAUACCAGAAGGGCCUAAAUUGGAGUUAUUUGACUUACCAACAGUUCACAAAGUAGAAGCGAAAACAUCUGUUGAUAAAAUAGAACCAACUGUUAUUACACAAGUGCUCUUAGCUGAACCCCAUCAGAUACCCUUCGACGUACCACAAGUUAAAGUAAAGGAACCGCGAUCUUUAUUAGAAGAACCACUACUGAUAGUGCCUGACACUUCGAUACCAUUACUAGAGGGACCAAAAGAUGGCGUUCUCGUCGUCUCAAACAGUUCAAAAAAAUAUGCAAACUUGAAUUUGAAAACCUCUGACGCAACUAGUGUCACUGAAAUAGCUAUUUUAGAACCUCAAUGCGAAUUACUUAAAAUUCCUGAAAUUAAAGAGCGGAAACAUCAUACAUUAAUGGAGGACAUAAAUAUGAGUGUCUCCCAUAUUCAACAAAAUGUUAUAUUAGGUCCUAAAGACGACAAUCUCUUUACACCUUUAAUAGUUAAGGCAAAUGCGUCUUUGAAAGUCAACGAACAAAGAGCUGUAGAAGGAUCACUUCUUAUUUCAGAAGAAGCAAUUCAGAAUUCUGAUCAACCUAAAAUUGAAGUUAGACAACCCAAAAGUUUGUUAGAAGAAAGUACUAAAGUAGUAGCUGAAAACGUGCAAAUAAGAUUAGCAGAAUCAGAAAAAUCGUUUUCUGUUUUAAAUGAAGCUAUUGGAAAAGUGGCUAACCUUGCUGUACAACCAAUGGCAUCUCUUUCCCAAACUGCAACUAUACCCCUUGAAGAAGUGAGCAUAGGAGCAAAAUCCUCCGAAAUAUUAAAGAACCAAGCUAAAGUUCUUGUGCAAGAGUUAUCAGCAGCAAAUAUUGGUCACACAAUCGCUUUAUCUUCAGUUAAAGAUGAAAACUUUCAUACGUUUAAAGAUAUUAAGAAAAUGUAUGGCAAAGCUGAAUCUGUUGAAAUAUUAAAAGCAACGAUCAAUGAAGUUGAUGUAAAAAAGUCAAAAGUAGAAAUAACUGAAGUGCUGGAUGAUCAAAGUGAACAAGAAGCUACGGAUUACAAAGUAGAAUUUGCUAAAGACGAUACAAAGAAAAUAUUAACAGUAAAAAAUAAAAAAGCUGAAGAAAUACUGGAGUUAGAUACAGAGUUCAUUAAAAAAGAUAUGGAGUACAUGGAAAAUGGUAUGGCUUCUAUUAUUCAGUCCGUAGAUGCAGAUCUCAAGUCUAAGUCCCAUAAAUCUAUAGUAGCCAUUUCGGAAGUAAAGUUUAGCGAGAGUGACAGUAGCAAGAGCCCAUCUCCCACAUCGCCGGUAAAUGAUGUUUAUUUGUUUAGUGUUGCAACUCCGUACGCAAGAAAUGAACCUGAAGCUGAAACUCCUAUAGUAGAAUUGGACUACCGGUCUACUAGAAAAAGGCGAUAUACACAAGCCGAAAUUUCUGUUGCACAGUCGAUUGGCAUUGAAUAUCAAAUAUCUGAUUCCGAAGAUGAAGUAGAAUCGAUUGAAGUUGAAUAUGAAUAUGAAAAGCGACAAUAUGAGUCCGACAUCAACAUGGGCGUAACUCAGCGUAUGAUCGAAACUCGAAUGGAAGAACAGGUUUCGGAAUAUGCCAUGGAUAAAACGGAACAAGUACACAGUCAACUUAAUAAAGCCUUACAUUUGAACAAUCAGUCAGAUACAAUCGGCACAGGGAGUCUAAUAGAAAUGACCUCAAAAUCAGAGACGUCACAACUUGACACGAGACAAGGCGUUCUGGGGGUUAUUGAGCAAGAAAUAGAUAUAUCAUCAAGCAAACGAAAAUCAACAAAAUUAUCCAAAUCAAAGAAGCAGACUUCAAAAUCUUUCCAACACACAGAAGGAACUAUACAGACAGAAAGACAAGGAGAAAGCAAAGAAAACAGUGGGUUUUAUCAAAGUCAAGUUGUUUCUCAAUCUGAAAUCCAAUCUUUGGAACUGAAUAGACAAGCCAUACAACAAGAUAUCAAAGUUGUUGAAAAAGAUAUUGAAUCAAGGCAUGCGUUAUUAUCUGAGCACGAUGACACUUGCAAAACAAUAGUAAGUAAUGAAAUGGCUGUGUCACAAGCCAAAAUAUUGUCAAAGAAGAUUGAAAUUACGGAAAAACAAAUGGAAGGUGCAUUUACCGAAAAAACUAGUGCUUACAGCCAAGGAUUAAAAAGUCCGCCUGAAGAACCUGCAACACCUUUAACAGAUGAAUACGUAUUCCGCCUCACGGCACCAUUACCAAGUAGAGAAGGUACUCCAGUACCUCGAGAUUGUACUUCUAGCUCCAGUUCUGAGUCAGAAGAAGAAAUAAGAAAGAAACUUAUUCCCCACAUAGAAUUAUCAAUCGAACAGAGAAUAUUCGAUCCGCCAUUAGCGACCCCACCUACUUCACCGCCCGUGACGUCACCUGCUAUUUCUAUGUCAUCAUCCUCAAGAACUAAACCAUUUUAUUCAAAGCCAGGAUUGAGAGGAGGUGGUGACACAUUCGAUUUAACCAAGUUUGGCAGAGUGCCUCUUCAUUACUGGAGGUUGGCCGUCAGUUUCCUGAAACGCGUCUCGUCUUGCGCCAGUAGCUAUGUGGAACCAGCUACACUUGCUGAGGCUGGCAACGCACUCGCGAGUCCUCUGCCAUUGAGAGUAUCCAUGAGCGGUUGUGUCUCUUAUUAUCCGGAAGAAGUAUUAGAAAUCGGGAGACAGUCAAACCUCCUCGCAUCAGCAAUAGACAAGACAAUAAAAAAGAUAGAGGAAUACAAAUCCAAAGCAGGCAUAAUGGAAUUCUCCAGUUCUGAAGUAUCUAGUUCGGAAUCCAGAACAGUCAACGAAUACCGAAGUGAGGAUAAUAAGGUUGAAGUUUUAAUAGACAAAAUGGUUAAAACCUCAAGACGGUUCUCGGAUGAGGGUGAGGAGUGCGGAAAUAGCAGGGAGUUUGUCGUUCCCAUUGUUCAGGAGUACACGACGGAAGAAAUACACAAAACACCUGAAAAUUUAAAAUUACUUUCGAUUUCGUUUAGUCUGAAAACAAACGUCGGUGAAGAGAGAAUUUUUUGUAUCUGUGUCUUAAAUACCAUGAGUUUAUUUUCUUCGUAUAUAAUAUCUCAGCACUACCCAUACUGUCAUGGGUUGACAGACUUGUCCACAAAUUACUCGUCCAUGGAGGUGAAGCAAGAAAGAAAAAUGGAGUCAACAAAGCUGUCUGAUCAAAUACUUAAUUGCGUCCAAAGUAUGGUUGACCCAAAGGCAUCUCUAGAAGAGCGACUGACGCAGAUGCAGGCCCAGAUUGCUGAGUUAUCAAAACUACCAGACUUCAUUCGUCAAACCCUUGAUGACGUCAAAGUACAGUUCGAACAGCUUAAUUAUGAAGUACAGCAGAAAUCAAUUGAAAUACAGACAAGUCAAUAUAAGAACAGCGAGCAAGUACAAAUUUCAGAAAAGCCUAUGGAAACACCUCAAGAACAACCAGCCAUCGAAGUAACUGCGUCAGAAGAUGUAAAGGAGAUAGAAGUGAUACCGGAACACGAUAUAGAAAUACAGAGUAUCAUAGACAAGAGAAGAUUGGAGGCUGAGAACAAAACAAACGAUGAAAUAAUGAAAGAAAGACUUAGCCAAGAGCUCCGAUUCGCGGCGGAGAGGUUAUCACCUAAAUUAGGUUUUGACGAAAGACCUAAAAUGCCAGAGGACAGACCAUUUAUGGGCUUUUCUCCAUUACCUAAAACGACGCCAUCCGAAAUAGGCGUAUCUCCAGUAUUAUCGCUGCCAACGGGAGUUCCCCCAAAACCGAGCGUGCCUCAAGACUCAACAAUGGCGGGCCCCGCAUAUGGAGAAACGAUUAAACCGGGAAAACCUUGGAAGAAAUUAGAAUAUGACGAUGCUAAUUUAGAACAAAUGCUAUCAGAGACAAUGGCUGCUCAGGCGGAAGUUAUUAAAGGAAAUGCGAUUGGAGUAAACUUCAUGAAGUACGAAAAACCACCACCACAAUUGGACCACCUUCAGCACUCGGAGGUGUAUAAAGCCAUCCAUGAGAUGGACCAGAAGCCCUUAAAGAAGGUAGAGAUGCUGAAGCCGGCUAUUGCAGCAUCAGAUUAUGUUGAGCUGGAAGUGCUGCUAGAGUUAGGACCGAAGCCUGAUGAAAAAGCUAUAGAAAAAACUUUAAAAGAGCUAAAAUCACUAGAUGGCGUCCAAGAGGCGAUUUUCAAAGAUGGUGCCGUUAUGGUAGAGACUGUGUUACCAAGUGCAAUAAUAGUUGAUAUUGUAUCUAAGACAUAUGGCAAACGGGCUGUAUUACAGGGCUUUGGAGAAACUCAGUCAGCUGUUGCCAUGGUAUCAAAUCAAUGCGGGGGAUCCAAAGUGAUGGGUGUAGUAAGGUUUCAGCAGACAGACCAGGGACCUUUGGUAGCUGAUGGAAGUAUUGAUGGUCUUUCACCUGGCCAACAUGGUCUUCAUGUUCAUGAUAUGGGGGACCUCAGUGAGGGUUGCAAAUCUAUUGGGGUUCAUUUUAAUCCCCACAAAGCUAGUCAUGGGAGUCCUUUAGACCCUCCGGAUAGACGACAUGCUGGUGAUUUAGGAAAUAUAGUAGCCGAUGAGAAUGGCCGAGCAACUUUUAGGAUAUUGGAUAAUGUAUUAAAGGUAUGGGAUAUAGUGGGUAGAUCGAUAGCUGUGACGUCACAGCCGGAUGACUUGGGGCGUGGUUCCAGUCCGCUGUCAAAAGAGAACGGAAACAGUGGGGAACCAAUAGCCUGUGGAAUUAUCGCGCGUUCAGCGGGAAUAUUCCAGAAUCCAAAAAGGAUAUGCGCAUGCGACGGUGUAGUCGUAUGGGACGAGAGAGAUAGACCACUCGCGGGAAAGGGAAGGCGAUGUUGUGAGAAUCACGAGAAUAAACAAAAAAAACAAUGCUGCAAAGUUUAAUUAAUGGCGUAUUAACAAACAUAGUCAGGCAUUCUACCUAGGUCUUGGGUUUACGCGGCAUAAAAAACAUCGAUAAAUUUGACGAAUCACGGUUUCAGCUUAAAACAGUCGCAAUUUAUUUUCUAUUGUUCUUUACAAUUUGUAUGUAGUACCCCACUUCAAAAAAAAACAAAGUUAUGUUAAGAAGGAAGGUUUUAGACCCCUUAAAAAUAUUAUAUAUCUGAUACUACAUGCUUGAUGUAAAUGAUAUUGUCUCAGUUACCAGUGCGUCCCAGCGAAUAAAUUUAGGUUAAGGUUUUUUUUUAAUGUUAUUUUAUUUAAGUGGCGUUGGUCAGGUUAGUUUAACGCCAAAAUUAAACAAAAAACCUUUCAUUAAUUCCACAUAUCAUGAUUUAAUUAAUUUCUAUGGCGUCAAAUGUAUGAAUGCGUCCAUACAUUAUUGCACACACAUUUCCGAGUACAUAAUUAAAAUAUGUACGAAAAAUAUUUGCUGGUGUGUUAAGGUGAAGCCGUGGUUCGACAAAUUUAUCAAAAACUAAGAGAAACUCGCAUUAAUUAUUUAGAAAAUCCUUCGAUUGCGAACGAUUGGGAGAACUUAAUUAAGUUAAGAAGUCUUAUUUAAUUGCGAAAAUGUUUUGUCCUUAUCACUCUCACGUAAAUGAGACUAAAUAUUCUUAAGUUAUUAUUAUUGAAAAGAGUGUGAUAAAGCUUUAAUUAUACCAAAUUUGUUUUUUGUUGUAUCUUUUGGGAAAUAAAGGUAGUUUUUUUAUGUUA